GUUUAUUUCUGCGGUUUUGUUACUAUAGUGAUUUGUGCAGUGUUACUACCAUGACUUUGACAAUCAAAUUAGUGGCAAUUUUCGCUUUUGCAGCUGUUGCAACAGGGUCUCCUCUUACGACAUUUGGAAAGAGAAUAUAUCCAACCAAAGAACCAGAUUCUUACCAGCCCUUCCAGACACAGUUACCAACUGAACUAGAAUUACCAAAAGAAACUCUUACGACGUUUAGAAAGAUUCCAUCACCAUCCAAAGAACCAGACUCUUACCAGCCCUUCCAAACGCAGUUACCAGUCGAACUAGAAUUGCCAAGAGAAGAAGCCAAUCCUGUACCAUUCUACGCUCCUGAGCCAUCCGUGGAUCUUAAAGCUCCACGAGAAUCUCAAGAACCGGACUAUUAUCAGGUACCAAUACCCAACCAAGAACUCGUGGCACCCGUAGAUACCGAGUGGAAUCCUAAUAAUGAUCCUAUUUAUUAUUAUGAAGUCCCAGCUAUUAUCAACAAUCAGGAAUUACCUACCAGAGAGUUCCCUAAGAAAUAUAAUGAAGACAUUCACGACAAAAAGAAGCCUUACUCAUCCAAGCCAAAGGUUGAGAUUAUUUUCGAACCGAUUAGCAAGCAGCAGUACGAAGAAAAACAAAUAGAAUUAACUAAAAACUUUGAUAAACUCGCCAAAAAGGAAAACCAAAAGAUCAUUCAGGUACUGCCUUCCAGAAAAAUACUAAUCCCAAGGAAACGGUCUCAAAACAGUACUAAAUCUGUCGAUAACAUAACUAAAUCAUCUGAUAUCAUACCUAAACCUACAGUAAUCGUACCACAACCUACAUUAACAGUACCUACUUCUACAUAUUUCAUCGAUCCUUCGACUAAACGCAGUGAACCAAGACCUACCGCUAGCUUUCCCAAAUAUUCGGAAACCGCGACAACAUCUAGUGAUCAAGUUAAAAGUGCCAGUGCAACAUUCGACCACGGGCUAAGUUCACAACUAACUGCUUCUUUGGGUAUUCCUUCAUCAGCUCCCACGCAUGAGGGAGCUUCUCAGGGUGAAAGGCUUGAGUUUCAUAUGGUGGGCCAUGACGGGCCGCUAUCUUAUAAGUGGGGCUAUGAUACUGGCAAAGGGCACAACAGACUAUUUAGAUUCGAAGAGAGGGAUAAAGAAGGGGUGGUAAAAGGUCACUAUGGCUUUUACGACAAAGAGGGAAAGCUACAAGUAGUCCACUACGAUGCCCACCCGCAUACUGGAUUUCACGUUGCAGAAAAUUCAUAAACAAUGGGAAAAAGUAGUAAAAUUUUGAUCAGACUGAAUUAAAAAUUAUUGAUAGGUAAUUUUUAAUUGCAGAAUGUUACUUAUAGAAUUUUUAUUUUAUAAAAUGGAAGGUAUUAAAAAGGUGAGGGCGAAUAAAUAUACACUGUCGUGGAGUUUUUAUUAAAUAGAUAUUACCAAUUAUAUAUUCUUUAUUUGUAAAAUUGCUGACGUUUCUAUUUAAUCUCAUGUCCAAGCUCUUGAUUCUUAUAUCACUUUCACCAUAUCAUAAGUCACCUCGAUUUAAUAACAAUAACUAUUGUCAAGUAACAGUACCACUACCUACUUAUAUAAAACAAAAAGAAACUUAACUUGAAAGUUUGAAAAGCAGAUCCAGCCAUUUUAUUCGGGUUUUUUUGACCUGUCGUAACACUUAGUUGAUCAUAAAGUUUGUUCUCUUAAAAAUUUGGUUUGGCUUCAUCUUAAGUUUUUGAUUUUUUUUUCCUUUCAUUAUUUUGUGACUAAAUAAGCGUGAGUCAAGGCAAAUUCUGAACAAAAUUGUUGGCACAAAAUACCAGAAAUUUUUAACUCUUUCUAAUUCAUGUUGGCCUAAGAUAUGAUGGCUUUAUUCAUGUUCAAUAAAAUGAAACAGUAGAUAUAUAACACAUUAUUUUACCCUUUGGUCCGAUGAACCUAAGCUGUUCAUUUUAUUCAUGCUUAGAAUCAUCUAUAUGUUGAAUUCAUGUUUUAUGUCUUCUUCACCUUUACUUAAUAUAUGAAUAUCAUUAGAAGGGACCAACAGCUGUGUUAAAUUUAAGAGAGUGACAUCUGGAUUAUCAGGGAAUUUCCUAAUGAAGCUUUUAUUAAUUAUAUUAAAUACGGCGAAUGAAAUCAUAAACAAAAACAACCCACCUUUAAAAAAAGAGAACCAAAGAACCUGAAAAAGAAAUCAUAAUGGAUCGUGAACAAAUUGAUAAAAUAUGAGAAUUAUAUUACAAAAAUUAAUAUAUUAGGAAAAAUAUUAAACACUAGUAAAGGCAGCGAAGAAUGAUCAAAUACACAGUACAAUAAGAAAGCCAAAAGAUCCAAAGAAACAAAAACAAUGUAAGUUCCAUACAAGACUAUGCUAGUGACAAUUGCCAUCAGGGAAACGACAAUCCAGAUAUUAACAAAGCCAAGAAAUGUGCUAACAGAAUAUCUAAAGAACAAUAUUCAGAAGUAUUUUUUAAGCAUAUUUUAAUCCACCAAGGAGUCACAAUAGGAAAACUAGAAAGAAUAGAGUAGACGAAAAAAUUAUAAAGGAAAAACAUAAGGCAAUAGUAAAAAUUUGUUGUAAAUUAAGACUUAAAAAAAAAACGAAAAAAAAACACAAGGAUAGCCUACUGAAAUUUAAAAGGAAGAUUAUUAGAACAAUACUGGACACAACCGUAACAAAAGAAGGAAAAGAAAAGACCGUAUUCAGAGAUUUUAAAAAGGAUUAACAGUUGGACUUCACUAUGACCUAGAUGCAGAGAAAAAUCUAGAAAAAUAUGGUUAAAACACAGCAAACUCUGAAGAACAAACUGAAUUUUCUACCUCAAACAUCAUAAGAUAAAUUGUACAGUUUUGAUAAUAAAAAUAUUAUUAUAUACCUAUUAAGAGGUAAAGAUGACUUUCCAUGUACGUAAAGGUUUAUAUUUUGUGUGCUUUGGAGGUUCCAUUCAGUGUUUUAAUGUCUAAAAAAACUAAUGUCUUUUCUCAAGGUCAGAUCUAGAUUCUUUGGCUGGAUAUCAUUUAUUUUUAAUCUUUAUUUUGCAGAUGGUAUUCUUCAGAGAUUGUAUAACAAAGUUGUAGUUGUUUUUGUAUCGACAUUUGUUACUUAUUAUCCACAAAGGUUUCUAUGUAGUUCAAAGGUUGGUAUAUAUGUAAUGUACCACGAUGUAGUACAAAAUACCAUACUGUACCACGAUAUUGACAAAACAAAAUAUACGUGUAAAUUAUUAAUGAAAUGAUUCCAGACUCUACACUGAACAAUUAGAUAUUAUAAUCCACGUGAUACUAAUGAUAUUAUCCUGCCUUUUAAAUCCCUGUGUAUUCAUAUUCGCCUUUACUUUUAACAAUAAAUAUUUUUCUACAUACAUGUGAUAUUUAAACUUUUAUAUGUAUCUACUUUUUGUCAUUCGCUGAUAUUUUCUCUCUAGCUCUUAAGAUUUUUAGUAGUUUUAACGUUUUACUAAUACGAGCCAUGAUUUUUUUAUUACGUUUUGCACCAAGUAAUGUAGCAUUGCCUCGUUUUGUAAUGCACACAUUGUUUAGUCUAUUAUUAUUAUCUGUACCUUUACGCAAUUUCUAGUUGUUAGCACAGCUUUAUCUAACUUAAUACAUAUUAGUACUUAAAUCCUUAGAAAUAUAUAUGCUCUAUUAAACAAAGGUGGAUUUCUCGUCAAUUUGACAUGAGCAUACACGUUAAGAAUGUAUUUUUUAAUCAUAGCUUUGUUGGCAUAUAUAAACGUUGCAUAUUUAUUAUAUUUUUACUUUUGUUUGUUUUCUCUUUAAAUAUAAAUACUUAAUUGGUAAAAAAAUUAAGGCGGCGUGAAUUGUAUAUGUAUAAACAAAUAUGCCUCGUAUGUAUGACGCAACGCUGUUAUUUAUGUGGUUGACGAAAAAUUUUCCAUAAAAUAGAUGCCCUAAAGCAGAAACAUUACAACACUUGUUAAAGAGUCAUCUUUGACCAAGCAAUAAAAUGCUCAAAUCAAACGAUUUAUUUAUUCAAUGUUAUACAUUGACUGUAUUUAAAUAGGCAGAUGUGUUAUACAAAAUGCUGCAUUCAAGAUAUUUUUGUUUAUAACAAUAUUAAGUUGGCACAGACAUUUUGAUAUUCAGUGUUUUGAUAUUCAAAUCCAAUUAAAAAAUGACCUACAGAAUAUUUUUAAUAUUUGAAAUAUCAUAAAAUAUUUGACGAUCUAAAGGUAUUAUUAUGUCAGAAUAUAGCAUUUUGUACAAUGAAUACUAUAAUUAUAAAUUUAUGUGAUUUAUUGUUAUUCCGUUAACGUUAAUAUGUGUUUUAAGUAU